ACACGUGUAACAAACACCGACAGAUUUCUUCCGUCUUCCCCUCUUCCGUCUCCUAAAUCCUCACAUCCGGGGCCGAAGAAGCAAAGAAACCGAAGCCAACUGAGAGCUCUCGGCCUCCGCCAUGGUCUCCUCCGCCACGAGGGUUGCUCUCCGCGUCGCCGCCGUCGCGGCCAUCCUCCUCCUCGCGUUCUACGUCGGCCGCCCCCUCUACUGGAAGCUCUCCGCCACCAUCCACGAGAUCCGCGAGAAGCGCCAGACCGUCAAAGAAGGGAUCUCGCAGUUCGUUCUGGAGGCCCAGAAGACGGUGGGAUGGGUCCACGACGAGUCCGACUCGGGAUCCGACGUUAAUCGGAAGGCUUCCGUAUCUACCAGUCGCCGGUUUAUUCGAAAAUGAUCAGGUUUUCCAUCAUCUGUAGCUAGCUGUUCUUCUUCUUGUUGUUGCCGUCGUAAAUUAUGCUUCUUUCCCUUUCCAUCUUCUCCAUUAUGUGUUAAUAGAUCUGAAGGAAGUGAUGUUGUUAGGUCCAAGAUUAGUUCUUUCUGAGCAUAGUCGGGUUGUCAUUCUGUUAGAAAUUGAUAUGGUCUUGUAGUUCUGUAAUAAUAUUUAGAGCAUCAGUUGGGUGUAGUAAGGAACCAAUUGGAGCUUCUGUUGCUCUAUAAUGGAUGUUAGAUUUUGCUGAGUGUCUAUGGUAGGAUGAUGUGCUUGUCCUGCAUGGAAUGCAGAAUUUUCUUUCAUUUCUGUAAUAAGUGGGCCGAUAUUGUGUACUGGAUUUUUGUAUUGUUCUGAAGUUCUCAGUUAUAUAAUAUGAGCUUAAUGUAAUGGCGUUUUAUGA